AUGAACAUGUACGUAAUCUAUUACUACUUUUUAAUUUUAAUUUUUAUAAAUUCCUGCCAUCUAUACUUAUCUUCCGAAAACCAAAAAAAAACUAUUGCUACUGUUCAUAAUAACACAAGAACGAAUACAUUAAAAAAAAAUAAUAGUAAUAAUAAUAAUACAAAUGAUAUAUUUGGUUUAAGCCCCUCUGAAGUACCAAAUUUAAUAGAUGAUGAAGAAGAAUAUGAAAUACUUGAAGGAGUCAAAAAUAAUUCUGAUUUAACAAGAUCAACUAACAUAGACCACCCCUCUCCUUCUUCUACUAUGAUAGACCUUGAUAAUAUAAUUACAGAAAUCUCAAAAUUAAAAAAAAAAAAAUUAAAAAAAGAAAUGAACAAUAAAUUAGAGCAACAAACAAAUCAAAAUAACAAUACUAUUCAUCAUAAUAAUGAAAAUGAAAUAAAUACCUUCACACAAAAUAUUAAAACAAAUUCAAAUGAACUCAAAAAUCAAGAUUCAUCAAAUAGUCUUAUUAGUACUAAUAGUAAUACGAUGGAUGAAUUAUUGUUAUACAGUACUAACUCAGAAGAUAAUUUAGAUAUUUCUUUUGGUGAACUUCAAUUAUAUGAGAACAGUGAUGAAGAUACAAGUGAUUAUGAAUAUGUUAAUGAAGAUUAUUCCGUGAAUCAUAUUUUUUCAAAUGAUACAGAAGAAUCAUUUAAUAUUUUAGAAGAUGUUGAAAAUAUAUCAUUAUCAUCAAGUAAUAGAUAUCAAUAUAGUCCUAUCGGACCAUAUAAAAAAAAACACACAAAGGUUUUUGAAAAUUUUAAAAUGACAAGAAAUUAUGACGAAUUUCUUAAACUCUACAAUUUAAAAGAUUCUUCAGAUAAUCAAGAAGAAUAUUAUGAAUUGUUAGCAGGAGAACCUUUUAAACUUAAUAGUUACUAUUAUAGAGAUGUAAAGUAUGAAAAUGUUAAAAAAUAUAUAUUUAAAGAAAUUUAUGAUAAUAUUCAAAAUAUAAGUACAGAAAAUAAAAUAAUUGUAUCAAAAAAAGAGGAACUCUUUUUUUAUUUUAUCAAAAGUUUAUUGAAAAAUAAUUUUAUAUGCUUAUCCUAUGAAGAAGAGGAAAAUUUAUUGAGUGAAUCUAAACUCUUACUAGAAGCUAUGAUAUCUAAAAAAAUACAAUAA